AUGGCCAACCUCCACUCUUACCACGAUGAAGCUGGCAAAUCUUCAUCGCAAACUAGUCUUACUCAAUUCAUUUGUGAACGGAAAUUUCGUCGUGGUGCCGUUAUUCGCAACCGUGUAUUUGAAAGCAGCGACAUGAAUGAAGAAGCUAUUACUUACGAUGAAUUCUGUUCACGGUUGGGAGGAGCAUCUAAUCAACAAACCGAAGCACAUAUGGCCGUGGAACGGGACGACGAAGAUUCUUCUCGAGAUAUGAAAACGCAUUCUUAUGUUCAGAGAUGGCGCAAGAACAUCAACUUCAGAGUAGAAAUUGGACCUCCCGUUUCUCCGCUUAUUGCGACUGAAUUUCCGUCUUCCCCUGUGGCCGUCAUCCAUCCAUCCUCUUUAAGAAUGUCAUGGACUCCCAAUUAUGACGUUGCCCGAAUGGCAAUGACAUCUUCUCCCGAACUCGCGAGCCCCUCGAUGGUCGACAAACCCACCCGAUUCUAUGAUCUUUACGAUGCCGAGCUCGAACAACUGAUAGACGAAGCCUCCGAAAGCCAGUCUUCAUCCGGGACUUCUGACUCAGACACGAUCUCGGUGUAUGUUCCUCCAGCUGCUACAACGUCAACGCGGCCUCAAAGCAAACAGAAAGCUCUAAAGUCCGCCAUGCGAUGGCUUCCAAAAAGAAUCAAAUACACAUUUCUGUCUACGGCUGCCGGCCGUAGCCUUCGACGUUGA